GUGGCUUCUUCAGGUGGGUGAGCGAGAGCAGGCGGCGGUGGACGCCUGGCUAGCGUCAGGAAAGCCUUUCCACGUGAUGCGGGAUCACCCAAAACAUGGUGUGCCUAUCUUGGGUGGGACUUGGGCAGCUCGCUGGGACCAAGACAUAAUAAACGCCCGCGAACUCAUUACCAUCAGGGACCUCAUGCUCACGGAAGCUGUUGGCACUUCCCGUUAUUUAGAAGAUCAAACCAUUUUAGAAAGAAGACUGUGGCCGGUGAUGAAGGGUCGGGUGCUGGCCCACGACAGUUACACCUGCACAAGUUUCCCAGGAAGUGUUCCCUGGCCCACGCAGCGGGUGGACGGGUUCUUCGUGGGGUCUCCCAGGUCG